UUUACACUAAAGAGGGCGCCUGCGAGUCACGCAGUUUCGCAGCCACCACGGGUUGUGAAGUAGAAGAAGAGCGGUCAGCGAGCAGGCUGCUGCUGGUGACAGCCGCCAGGCGAACUCAACGGCUCCCCCUUCCUCCACAUCGUACUGAUAAGGAGAAGACAUUACGGGACACGUCCUUGCAGUCUUGUGUUUACUGAGGACACGGUUUCAAACGUCUGGCCGGCCCCAUUGGGAGCCGAGCAUUCAUUUACGCUUCCGAUUUUCCAAGCAACGUUUUCGUUAGCUUUGGCGUUCAUACGGUGGCACCGAGCCCGUACGACGUCGCCGUCUCCUGUCAAGAUCGUUUUAACAACACACCGAGAGGAUGGACGACUUAAAGCCUUCGACAUCUCCCGCUUUUCAGUCGGAGGGCUUCAGUCCACCCUACAGAAAGAGAAAAAGGACAGUGGAAGAUUUUAACCAGUUUUGUACGUUUGUUUUGGCUUACGCUGGUUAUAUCCCAUACCCCCAAGAGACCUCUUCACUUCGCAGUACUUCCAGCCCUCCCAACAGCACUGGAAGCACAGUUGAUAGUGAUGGCUGGACCCCGGGACCGUCGCCGUCUUGUCCUCAGUACCCUUUCAUAGUACCGAUGGACAAGAGCAGUAAACAUCCACAGCUUGGGGCCACACUGCCGAGUCACAUUAAAAAAGAUCACACCUUCACCAGCCUGCAUUCAGAAGAUUGCAGGAAGGUUGAGAAGCUGAAGAAGAAAAAGAGGAGAAAGGAGAGGGAGCUUCAGGCCGGUGAGAAACAUGGCCCAUCGAGCUCGUCCGACCCAGCGCUGCAGCCUUCAUUCUCCUUUGACGACUUGCCCGUAAAAGAGGAACUGGAAGACGACAUCAGCAUUCCGCUCCAUCCUCAGCGCGUCGCCAGCCCGUCCCAGUGUAAAGAGGAGCUGCAAGAAGAGCGAUGGCAGUGGGAUGGACGAGACCUGCAAGAAGGAGUGGUCAAGGUACAGAAAGUGGAGGGCCUUUCCGGAAGCAGAACGGUGUUCCGGCAGGGCAAGCAGGUCGUGUUCCGAGACGAAGAUGGGUCGGGAGAGGAUGAGGAUAUCAUGGUGGACUCAGACGACGACUCAUGGGACUUGGUGACGUGUUUCUGCAUGAAGCCAUUCGCCGGUCGCGCCAUGAUCGAGUGCAACAAGUGCCACACCUGGAUCCACCUGUCGUGCGCCAAGAUCCGCAAGAGCCACGUGCCCGAAACAUACGUUUGCCAGAGCUGCCGAGAAAACUCCGUACCCGUUGCCAGUGGCGUGGACGCCCGCCGCUCCCACCGUCCCCGCAUAGGUCCACGUAAACACUUAUUAGAAUGACCACCAAAUACCACUUUUGAACCCCCUUGAAGAUUUUUCUAACCCUUGUGGACCUCUAACCCUCUUGGGAAUAUCGUAGUUCUACAGUUGUGUAAUUGUGCUUCCCUACAGACUCUGCGAAAGGCAAUCACAGAAUGAUACACUAAUGGCAAAAGUUUGAGAUAAUUGGCUUGUGAGUGAAAUUUCACGAUGCACCUAAAAUGUACCAAUGUCGCCUUUGCAGUUGAACUUUUGACCUUCUCUUUAAUUUGGAAUGCAGUGCAUCAUCUGAAAUACGCCAUUCAGCUCCUGGUUAGAGAACGUCAAGUGAUGCAAACUCUCUUGCCACUUGUAAACAAUCGGAUAAGGUUUAGAAGUCAAAAGAAGUUGACCUGUAUAGUUAUAGUGCAUUUUCGGUUCAUUUUGUAAUUUUACUCUAAAGCUGAAUAUCCCAAGCUUUUGAAUUAGUGUCUGUCGAUGAUUAUAACGUAGCAGCGAACGGGUACUGUUGGGACUGCAGUGUCAUGUGAACACUGGAAGCUGCCAUGUCCAAGUCCUUCCACUAACUGCCACCCUCUCUCGUGCGUGCCGGGAUGUCUCGGAAAUACUUGUUUGCACUUUUUCUCACUUUGAACAAACCUUUUGACCCUUUUGGCAAACAGGUAUGUUCAGAUAAAACUGGACCCCUCCCAAGUGGUCUCUUGUAAGUAGAACUAUAAAUGACCGUUUUGAAGGAGAAAACUUGUAAAGCCUUCCGAUAACUGCUUCAGGUGGUGCCAAGUAUUAAGAUGGUAAUCUAAUAGAACAAAGCGCUAGAUUGCGUCUGCUUCAUCUGUCACUUUUGUUAUUUAAGUCCAUUGCGGACAAAUGGUAGUCCAGAGAAGCUGUUCUUCUCUCCUUCUCAAGCUGUCUUCCAAAUCUCGGAUGCUUGCAUGUGUUGAUGGACGGGGAGUGUUCACUUCUAUCCCUCCCACACUUCAUAUAUCAUUUCUAGUGGUUGUUCAUAAGGAUUUUACCGUCACUGGCAAUUCAGCCAUCUUUGAGACAAAUAUAUUUUUGGAAAGGCCUGAAGAUUCUUCUGUUUAAAGCCUCAGAAAGAAAUCAAACGGUUAAUUCAGUGAAAAAAAUGUUAAUAUUCUCUCCAGGUUUAUGCACGUCAUGUGAGUGUGUUUGAGUGAGGAGGGGGAUGUAAUUGUUUGGGGUUGGCUGUCAUGCUGUUCUGAAAAAAAGUCUGGUUUCUAAUCUUUUUGUAAGAUGGUCAACAGCAAACGAUAUCCGCUAUGGUUUCUCAUUGCUUCAUAAAACAGCAGUGUUCAUGUCAACAUUCAGCAGGUUUACCAGGAAUUUUUUUUUUUUUUCAGGCACACCUUCCCCUUUAAACUUGCCAUUCAGAUUAAAUGUCUUAGUAUAUGUGCCAUGGACCUGUUUGUGUCAGUUAAAUAAAAGCCAUACUCCAGUGUAGAGUGAUGAUCUAAUUUAAAAAGUCCCGAGACUCAGUUGUGAUUCUGGGAUGGGAUUUUACAACACAGUCAUUCAUCGACUGACCAUGGACUAGAUGCAUGGUUGGUGGACUGUUGUUUUCUGGUGAUGCGCUGCCAAUAAUCAGUCCAGUUUGGAUGUUUAAUAAAUGACAUGCACUGUAAUGUCUUUGAGAGCGCUCAUUUUUAAAGACCAGUUAGAUUUUAGUACUUAUUAACGGUGGUCUGUGUGACAGCAGGUGUUUUAUUCUGAUGGGUUGGGUUGUCCUUUCCUCUUAAGGAGAAUGUGUCAUGCGUACUGUGGUGCAAACUGUUUCUAUGAAACUAAUGUAAACUAUUGUAAAUAAAGAGUUACCAUUUUA